ACACAUGAACGUGUACUGCACCCUGCGACUGUUUUAUAUAUGUUCACACACCAACUCUUUUAGACCAUAGUGGACUCAACCCACGAAGUUACAAAGCCACACUUUAGCUGCCUCUCUCUCUCUCUCUCUCUCUCUCUCUCUCUCUAGGGAGAUCGAAAUGGGAAGAGCACCAUGUUGUGAGAAGGUGGGGUUGAAGAAGGGGAGGUGGAGUAAGGAAGAGGAUGAGAUACUUGUCAAGUAUAUCUCUGCUAAUGGCGAAGGAUCUUGGAGAUCAUUGCCUAAGAAUGCAGGACUUUUGAGGUGCGGGAAGAGUUGUAGGCUAAGGUGGAUAAACUACCUUCGAGCUGAUCUCAAGAGAGGCAACAUUUCUAAGGAGGAGGAGGAGAUCAUCAUCACGCUCCACGCCACUUUUGGAAACAGGUGGUCCCUUAUAGCGACCCAUCUUCCGGGGAGGACAGACAACGAGAUCAAGAACUACUGGAACUCGCAUCUGAGCAGGAGCAUCCACAGCUUUCGACCGCCGGCCCCUGCGGGCGGCGGCAGUGGCGACGGCGAGCUCGGCAAACUGGGGAGGCGCAGGGGCGGGCGGACGAAGAGGUCGGCGAUGAAGAGGCACAACACGACCAGCGCAGCAUCAGCGUCAGCGUCAGCGUCAGCGGCCGUCGGCAGCAACAGGAGCCCCCCAGCACCUGCAGCACAGAGCGAGCACGAGGGGCAGAACCAGACGAGUAGCGCGAUCACCUUCGAGGGGGUUGAUCAUCACGAGCAGUGCUGUGGUGAUCAUGGCAUGGUGAUGAGCGAGCUCCUUAGCCCGACCUUGGUGGACAUGGAGGCGGUGUUGCUUUGCGCAAGCACUAGUGAGGAGAGCGUGGGAUGUUGUGGGUCUCAAUCACAUGAGGAGAGAGAGAGUUGUGAGCUUGGGGAGGAGGAGGAGGUGGUGGUGGUGAUGGGAGAUGGAGAGGAUCAGGGGGGUGAUCUGGGGAGUGAGGAGGAGGAGGAGGAGAGAAUGGAUUGGGAUUUGAAGGGUUUAGAGGCUAAGUUGUGGGAGGAGAUGGAGGGAGAAGAUGAGAUGUGGCCGUGUGUGUGGGAGAGUAGUGAUCAGGAUGGGUACAAUGAGGACUUGUUACUUAGUUGGCUCCUUUCAGAUGCUCUAUGA